AUGAAGCUCCUGGUGAUUUCCAUGCUUGCCGUUACGGCGUUUGCGGCGCCUCAAGGAUACAGUCUCACUGAGCCCAGGGGAGCUGUUUUUUCAGGAGGCAGAGGGCACGCCGCUAUAGGAGAGGAGGGCUUUGCAGGUGUUGGAGGCGCAGAAACAGCAUCCCCACUUAUCACUGAUGAUUCCGCUGAUAUCGCAUCCUCUGAAUCUAGAGGUGAUGAUGGUUUCCCCCUGACUGCUGGCCUCACUACUGACUCUGAAUCCUUUGUCGGUGUAGAUAAAACAACAGGUACUGCUUUCUCUGCCGCUACUGGAAUUACUUCUGGUGGGGUCGCUGAGUGCCAGGAAGGAGAAAUUCAGCAUGUAGAUGGCUCUUGCGUCCUUCCAAAAAUCACAAGGAAGGUCUUUGUUUUUUCUGUCCCAAAACAGGAACAGGAACGCGCCGACGAUAUUCCAAACCUUCCUCCACCAAGAGUAGAACACAACGUUCUCUUUGUACGUCUACCUAAAGGAGGAUUUGGUCCAGAACCUAUUGUUAUUCCUCCACCAAGGCAAGAAAACAUCAUCUACGUCCUCAACAAGCAAGGAGAUCAAACCCAGCGUGUGAUCGAGGUACCAGCUCAUCCUCCAUCUGAACCAGAGAUUUACUUCGUUAAUUAUGACGAAGGAGAUAACCCAACGCUUCCCGGAGGUCUAGAUCUUCAGACUGCUCUUGAUUCGGCAGUAGUUGCUGGUGGACAACGCUUGGGUACCGACACUGGUUCUAGGGCAGCAUUUGAGAAUCACAGCAGCGUUGGAGUGAGUAGCAGCACUGAAGUAGAUGUCAGUGAAGACUUCCAUUCAGGAUUACUCGUUUCUGAUGCUGGAAGAGCAGCCCCCACUGACACUGGUGCAGACAACACUGGAAACAGUCCAUCCGGUCUUUACGGUAUUCCGUGA